AUGUACAAUGAUGAUGAUGUAUUUGAUUGUGAUAAAAAUUUCACAGAUGAAGAAUUAUCAGAUACCAUUAUUCCUUAACCUUUAGAUCAAUGGCUCUUUUUAGUAAUUUGUAUAAUUAAUAUGUAAAUUAAGCUCCCUUGGCCUUUUUCCUUACAUUACUAAUUAUAUCGAGUUUUUUAAAAUGUUCAUAAACAUGGAAAAUGCCAGGUGAUAUCAUUUUUUUCAUUUCCUUGUCAGAAGGGAUAUUGUGCAUCUAUUGGUUUUCUACUGCUAUCUAUUAUAAUAUUAAUCAAGAAAAUCCAUAAAGUUCUGAAGUAUUUUGUUAAAUUAAUUCUAUCUUAAGUAUUUUUGCUGGAACUGAAGAAAUCACUUAUAAUGUCUUAUUCUUUAUAUAUGUAAGACUUUAUUUUAAAGGCAAACUAACAAAUGUUGCAAAACUUCCUUUUAAAAUUCACUUUUUGGCUUGGAUAACCAUGAUAUCUGUGCCUCUUUUAACUAUAUUAUUUGAUAAAACUGGUUUAACAUUGUUCGGAACAUGUAGUUUUAAAUAUCCUCCUGGUUUUCCUUUGGCUGGUAUUAUUUUGGUUUUACUCUACUCAAUAUUAGCAAUCUCGACGAUUAUAUAUUUUAACAAAGUUAUUCCAAAUGAUAAAACAUAUAGAUAAUAUAAAGGAAAAAUGGUUAGAUAUUAAUAUAAGUACAUUUCAGCUUAGUGUAUAAUUUGGAUUACAUAAGCAUUUUGUUUUACUGCAGUUGGGUUAAAUUGUACAUAUUUUCGUAAAGGAUCUCUACUUAUUUUUAUAUCAAUUGGUAAUUUUGCAAAACUUUGCACACCUAUUGUGUUAUCUAUUUUAAGAUAUAGCGAUCCAACAAUUCUUAGAUAGGUGUAAUAAUUAUGGGGAUAUUUAAGGCAAAGAAAAAGAACUCAUAAUAACUCUAUUGAAUUAUGUGAAAAUUUUCUUUAUAAAUUUAGUGGAGGAUCAAAGAAAUGUUUUUGAAGAUAUAAAUGAAAAUUUAAAAUUUGAUUAUGUUAACACAAUAGAAUAAGUAAAAUUAUCUCAUAAGAAAUCUACAGUUUUGUUAUAGAAGAUGAUCAAUCUAAUUUAAAAUAAAGAGAAUCUGAUUAAUUGAAUUAAACUGAAUCUUUCAUCAAUAGGGAUUUAAAUAUAAUAUAAGAUGUAUAUUAAUUAACUUAAUCUGAUUUUACUGAAUAAUAGAUUUUUCAGGUUAAUGAUUUUUAAUAUAAUUCUAACUAAAAAAAUACUAAAAUUAAGUUAAUUGAUUCUACUUUAACAAUUUAUGCACCAAAAGUUUUUGACUCUGAUUUUACUAAUCUAUGGUGUAUUCAAAUUUUGUAGAAAAAAUUAAAAUAAUUUUUAAUUUUUUAAAGUUUGAUGAGCCAAUUUAUUUUUAGGUUAUGA